UACGCUAUCUACGGUGGCUGCAGUGACCCCCAUGGAGGAACGUGAAUGUUUGUGAAAUAAUUGUGUUUCGUACUGUGGUUAGAUGUGGAAUAAUUUCUUGUGUGGGUAAAUAUAUAUAAUCUGAUUGAAGGCACAGCUUCAUUUUUCCCAGUUCUGAAUUAAAAUGGCUGAAGAUGAUGCUCUUCCAGCAAAUGCUUUCCCUGUAUCAGUGAUGCAUAUGGUGAAUCCUUCAACGUUCUGGGUGACUGAGCCACUGGGGCAGGAUAUGACAAAGGAAAGAGAAAAGCUUACUUGUCUUGAAGAAAUGCUUUCGGGGCAUUGUCGUCGUAGCUAUGAGGGCGUAAAUUACAUGCCUGAAGAAGAAGAGCUGGUUGCUGUGCAACAUCCUGAAACAGGUCGCUGGCACAGAGCAGAAGUGGAAUAUGUGUUACAUGAAGCUAAGGGCUAUGUGUACAAAGUAUUCCUUGUGGAUUAUGGACUUUCAAUCAAAGUGCGCAGCUCUGCAAUCAGGAAGCUGCCUUCAGCCUGGGUUGACUUGGACUACCAGUCAUUCCAAGUUGUGCUUUAUGGGAUUUUACCUACGACAGUUGACAUGGACUACAAAGAUAUGAAAAUGAAGAGAAAAGUUGCAAGUAACUGGACACCUGCAGCUGGGAGGUUUGUCAAGAAACUUUUGGAAGAAUCUACCAAUUUCUGGCUUGUAUACAAAAAGAAUAUCAGGAAGAAGAUAUAUGGUGACUUAUUUGUGGAAGUGGAAAAUGAAAGCUUGAGUCUGAUUAAUGAACUGUGUACUAAAGAAUAUGCAGUAUACUCAGAGGAGCUUUUUGAAGAAGAACUGGAAAAGUAUAAUAUGCAGACACCAUCACCGCAGAUCCCAGUUUGUUCUGAAGGUAGCAGGACCCAAAACACUAGUCACGUCUCUUCAUUGGGGGACACCAGUAAGCUUCGCCACAUUCAGGAUUACAUUCGAGAAUGCAGUAUUCAACAGGCAAAGAAAGGUAAAAAGAAUGAAUACCAGAUUAAGGAAAUGAGAAGAGAGACCGAAGUGACAUCUACAGAUAUAAAUGAAUGUGGUGAACAUUUUCAAAAUGGUCAUGAGAAGCCACUUGGCUGUGGAAUGAUCGAAAGAAUGGAGAAAAGUACAUCUGGCAUGCAUUCAAAAUUAACAGUAGGAAAUGUACAACAAGGAGAAAAGUGUAAUGAAAAUAGAAGUUUGAAAGCAUCACAUGAAGGUGAAACAGUGGCAUCUUCAAUGCUUGGUCUGUUAGAUCUGAUUGAUCAUAAGUCAAAUCAUGAUAGCAAAUCUUUGAGUGAAAUGAGUACUUCGUGUAAUUUACCCCGUGAUGGUAAGAACUUUUCGUGCACAAACUACUUUCCAGCAGGAGCCACAUAUAGAAAGUCAAAGGAUCCAGUAGUCAUAAACAGUAGAUCUCUGAGAGACAAGGGAACACAUACUUUUGAUGCAAGAAAUGGUUCUUAUUCAGUACAAUUUAAAAAUACAAGAAAGCCCGGUUCUACUUUAGGCAUGAUAUUGCCACAUUAUACACCUGCACCAUUAGACACAAAAAGAAGUGAAAUACAGAGUUCAGCUGUGAAAGUUUCAGAAAAUUUUGAACAAAUUGAAGCAGAGAAACAGCACAGGCCAUUGUCAUUUUUGGAGUGUCUACAAGGGAAAACGAACAGCAUGUCUGAAAAUGGUAGUUGUAGGACAGAAAAAGGCAGUGAUGUGCAAGAAGAUGUUACAGAGAAGGAAAUAACUUCAGUUUCUACCAGAAAUAUUUUUCAAGACAUUGUGAAUAGUGUGGCAAAAUCAACAAAAACCAAGAGACAAGAUCUGCUUGAUGAUGUAAAGAAGAACUCUUUGUCUCCAAGCAGUAUUCCUGACAUGAAGGCAAGAUUACCCCAGACUACACUCAAAGCUAUGUUGAAACAAGGAACUCCAGGGAAUGGUAUACAAGCCAAUUCAAAUUCACUAGCAAGUGUAAAAGAUUCAGCGCAGAUCCCUACGGCAUGUGUGGGGUACAAGGUUGCUGAGCAACACAAGACAUCUCGGAUUCUUGUCCAUGGUAACAUGGGAUUUAGAGCUAUUCAGUCAGUAGCGGAAGCAAAUUUUCCCACAGAAAUCCAUCAGGCUCUUGCAAAAAUGGAUAUUAAGGACCCUAUGCGCAUUCAGACAUAUGCGUGGCCAGCAAUCAUGCGUGGUCAGUACACAGUUUUGGUUGGCCCUCCACAAUCAGGCAAAACCCUUGCUUACAUUAUACCAGUUGUUAGUUUCAUGUUGACACCAGAUUUUUACUCCGAACUGCGACCUGGGAAUGGACCACUUGUCCUGGUGCUCUGUUCAGGCAGCAAGAGUGCCCAGUUUGUAUACGAGAAGUGUUGCACACUGCUGAAAUUCUCAAGUCAGAAUAAAGUAAGAGUUGAGAUAGCCUAUGGUGGGGGCCGUGAACAGGAGUUAAGGGACCCACUUGCAAAUGGCUGUGAUAUUCUUAUUUCUACACCACGUUGCUUCAUGCGUCUUCUGCGCUGUAGCCGCUUAAUCACCAAUGUGGAUCGCCUUGCACAUCUGGUUUUGGAUGAAGUGGAUAUUCUAGCCCAUAAAUUUCUUUCUGAGUUGAAGGGAGUAAUAACUGAGUGCAAGCAGAUGUUGGUGCGACGAGCAAAGGUAGGUGUGCCUGUUCAGGUGAUAGCUGUCUCAGAGAAAUGGUGCCCUGCAGUGGAACAGUUUUCACAGCACAUAUCACACAACUUCCUGGUCUGCAUCAGUGGCUACCUUGAGGCUGCUGUGUAUUCAAAACUACAGCCCACCCUCCACUUGCUCAGUACUAGCAGCAAGCCUGAAGCAGUCCUAGAUAUUCUUGAUGGAUACCAUGGCCAGCACAAAACGGUCAUCGUGUGCCGGUCAGUAGCAGAUGUUGAUCACCUGGUGCCAUUCCUUGAGUCACACUGCUUUCAAGUGCUGGCAGCCCAUGAAGACAUGACUCACUGCCAUAUUACUGAAAUAAGCCAACGCUGGAAAUGUGCAAUUGUUCCGGGAGCUUUUCCAAUAUUGGUAUGUACAGAUGAUGUGCUACCUGAACUGGAUGUGAGCGAUGCCAUGUGGCUGAUUCACUACAGCCUGCCUCGUACUAAGACUGGCUUCGGCUUUCGCUUCUCCUGCCUCAUGAGCAACUAUCCUAAUAUGUUUGACAAGUCAACCUGUAACUCUGAUCCUCCAGAGUGCAGAGUUCAUAUAUUUGCUGACAAAGAUCAGUGCACUAGAGAGCUGCCUGAGGUAGUUCACUUUCUGAAAAGGCUUUCUGUUCCUGUUGCUCCUGAGAUUGAAGCCAAAGUAAUGGAGAUUUUACUUCAGAAGGAAUCUCAGAAACUCGCCUUUCCUCUCUGCUACUGUUUGAAAGCUUUUGGUGAAUGCUUGGAAAGGACAGUAUGUAGAAGUCGUCAUGUUAUUGUGGAUGCUAUUGACAGACCUUGCAAUAUUCCGUUUCGUGGUGACGUAAAAGUGAAGAUCCUGCAUGUUCACAAUGCUAGCAACUUCUCCGCUCGUCUUUUGGAGCACACAGAUGUUGGUGGACGCCCAGUUAUCAUACCUGAUGAGUACUUGACAGUUAACAUGGCAAUGUAUUCACAUUACAGUGAUGAGAAAAACAGGUUGUUACAUGGGAUUCCUAAACUUGGAGACAUAUGUUCAGUGGAGACUAAGAUUAACAUCUUCCAGCGAGUUCAGGUUGUGGAGGUUGUGAAAGAAGACACAAAAGGCAUUCCUGAAGAACUGAAAAUAAAAUUCUUAGAUGAAGGAAUAUUCACUGUUGUUAAGGUGUACCAACUUCUUGCCCUGCCUGAAGACCUACAAAAACUGCCCCCUCAAGUAGUUGAUAUAUUUCUGUGUAAUGUGAUACCAUGCGACUUGGACACAGACUGGAGUGAGACUGUGAAUUGUAAGAUGAAUGAUUGGAUUGAUGAUAUUAACAGCGGAGAAGUGGAUGGAAAAUUCUUAGUCGGAAAGGUUAUGUUGAGUGCAGGAAAUACUUUGUGGUUAGAACCACUAGAAUAUCGCAACUACCUUACCAGCUUGGACACAUAUGUGGUGGAACUAUCUCUGAGCAAGGAAUUGGUGAAAUGUGGAUUUGGUGUUAGCAAUCCAGGUCACUUGAAGAAAUUGUAUGAACUCUGUCAUGUAGGAGGACUGGCAGUUCCUGCCUAUGAGAAAGUUCCAAUGUUAGAAAAAGUACAACAUGAGAUCAAGAGACUACCAUCACCCCAGUGGGCACAUCUGGACACUAAGGAGUUUCAAGAAAUUGUCUUUGUUUGUGCUGACAAUCCACAUCAGUUUUUUAUUCGCCACUACAAGUUCAAUGUUAUUUUUCAGAGGUUGAUUGAUGAAUUGCAGAAAUGUGUGAAGACCAAACCAAACAACUUCCAUCUGGAGAAAGGCAGUUACUGCCUGGGGAAGUUCCCAGAAGAUGGAAUGUGGUACAGAGCACAGGUUGACCAACUGGUGGAAGAUGACCAUGCAUCUUUGUUCUUUGUAGACCAUGGUGAUAAAGCACGUGUCAGUAUAAGUGAUAUUGCUCCCAUCACAGAGAUGCUGAUUAAAAAACUACCAUUCCAAGCCAUAGAAUGUUCCUUAGCUGGUAUUAAACCACCAGAUGGAGGCACGUGGUCUGCAGAAGCAACAGAUGUGAUGUAUGAGUUUUGCGAUAACUCUUAUGGUCUUUAUGUUAAAGUUUGUGAGCUGAUGACAGCUGCAGUGUGCACUGGGGGAAGCAAGUACAAGGUUAUGCUUGUAGAUAACACAAGCACUAACGUGGAUGUAUAUUUGAACAGUGUUUUACUUGAAAAGAACUUGGCUUUACCAGACAAUAUAGAACAGAUUUUGGAAACGUUGGAUCCAGUAGGUCUAGAGGGUGGUGACACAAGUGAGGAAAGUGAUGUGGAGCCUGAGGAAACUCGCAUUGUUGAACUUUCUGAUAUUAGUGUUCCUCAGCAUUCCCAAGUGAAUGCAGCUUCAGCAUCAGCAGCAGAUUCCAUUUCAGAUGAUGAAGAAUAUGAUAUUUUGGUUGAUGAUCCUCUGGAAUUCUUAAUGGAGAUGAUGAGAGGCAACAAGAAGUGUGAACCUUCCCUGCCUGCAGUGCCUGCAUUGCCCUCUCCAUCUUCAUUGCCUUCAUCAGAUGACCACAACCUUGAAGGGGCUAGUGCUUCCUGCAUUUCCCCACAGCAUCUUUCAUCUAAUGAUAAGAGUGAUAUAGAUUGUAUACCUCCUUUAGUAAGCACAGCAAGAACACCACAGGUGUUGUGGCAUCAGGACGAAUGUAUCAUUUACAUCAAGAUCAUGCUCACAGGUGUGCAGAAAUACUACAUUGGAUGGGAUGUGAUGCAUUUACAAUUCAGUACUCAGAUGAAGAGCCAAGUCUAUGAGGUGAUGCUGGAGCUGUAUAGUUCAGUUAAUGUCUCUAGUAUUAGUCAUACUGCUAAGGGGUUUUUCGUACAUAUCAAGAUGAUGAAAACUGUAACUGGUUUUUCCUGGCCACGCCUUCUGCAGUCACAGUGCAAACGACCAUGGUUGAAGUUGGAUUUAGAGAAGUACAAAGGUGACUUCGACAGUGAUGAGGAUAAUGCAAAAACACGUUGUGAGAGAGCCCUAAAAGAAUUGUCCUUGUCAAAUAAGGAGUCCCAGGUUCCUGCUCCAAAUUUGAAAGAUGAAGCAGUCAUAUCUAGUGUUCCUAUCAGUAGCUCUGAUGAUGAUGAGGAAGAGGAGGAGGAAGAUGGGAUGAAUCUACAGGAUGAGUCAUAUGACCCCUUUGAUCCUCUGAGCUAAAGGCUGUUUAAUCUGGACCAUAUUACAUUCCUUUAUUAUGACAUCUGUUUAUGGUGCCACACGCUCACAAUUUGUAUAUCAGAACUUCUUUAUGUCUUAAUCCUGUAUGUAUACUGUCAAAUAAGUUGUGUUUUUAUUAAAAAUGAUAAAAAUAUU